AUGAAGUUUUUGUUGCGGAAUAUUGAUAAUAAAAAUAAUAAUAAUAAUAUAUUAUCAUCGUAUUGUGUUAAUGAGAACAAACCAUGUAUUGGGUGGUGGGUUGACAAAUACUUUAAAGAUUGUCUUUGCAAUGUCACUGACCAAAUUUCAUUUGGGUUGGGAAUUAUAAGUCUUGUUUGUUGGGGCGUUGCAGAAAUCCCUCAAAUCGUAACGAAUUUUCGUACUAAAUCCAGCCAUGGGGUGUCUCUUGUCUUCCUCUUAACAUGGAUUGCUGGGGAUAUCUUUAAUCUUGUGGGCUGUCUUCUUGAACCAUCAACCUUACCUACACAAUACUACACUGCCCUGCUUUACACGACAAGCACAGUCAUCUUGGUGUUGCAAAGCCUGUACUAUGAUCACAUCUAUGCCUGCUUAAAAACCCGCAAAACCAAUUCUAGUGCAGGUCCAGAGGUGGAAGAAGCCAAGAAACCUCUUAGACCAACAAUUGCGAGUUCAGGAAGUCGUGCCAUCAGAGCAUCCCCAUCUAACCGCGGGGACUACUAUUUCACAUCAGCAAGAUCUUUGGCUGGAAGUUCAACACCGCCUAAUAGAAGUUACUUAUGGACUACAAGAAGUGGCCCUGCCUUGGCUCUGGCUGCCCAUGAUGACGAUUCUUCAGAAGAUGAGUCAACUGUUGAGAUACCAAAGAAUGCUUCGCAGCCUAGGCCAAUACCACGCUCUGUUGGUUAUGGAACAUUUUUGGCUACUUCACUCAAUUUGCCUGCACAUACCAAGGGUUUGGUGCAAGUGUAUGCUUACAGAAUUUUACUGCAAGAGAAUGGUGAAAGUCAUACCGUUUAUGGACAGUGUUUAGGCUGGAUAAUGGCUGCUAUAUACAUGGGUGGCCGUAUUCCUCAAAUUGUCUUGAAUAUCAAAAGAGGAAGUGUUGAGGGUUUGAAUCCUCUCAUGUUUGUGUUCGCUCUGGUGGCCAAUGCAACUUAUGUUGGAAGCAUUCUUGUAAGAAGUACAGAAUGGGUAAAAAUCAAAGCAAACAUGCCUUGGCUGCUGGAUGCUGCAGUCUGUGUGGCACUUGAUGCUUUUAUCAUAAUGCAGUACGUAUACUACAAAUAUUUCCUGAAGCGAGUUCCAAACACUGAUGACUAAAAUACCAUAGUGACUAUUAGGAUGAGAGGAGACUUGUGUAGCUUACGAGGCCAUGAACGAGCUCCUUCUAGUUCACAUAUAGACAACGAACGCUUUAGUUGGAUUCUAAGUUCUAAAGCUAAGGCGUAGUUCCCGGUACCAAAUCAUCUCGCAAUUGGGAAACCAAGUAUUUUGACGGGUUAGAAUUAUGUUGGCGAUAUUGCUAUAUACAUUGUACGUAUUAAUAUGAAUUGUUAAUUGGCUCUUGUAGUCUUUGUAGGGUAUUAUUAGGCUUUGUUGCAACUCUUUGGUUCCAUUAUCAUUUCUAUUAUAAUUAAAG